AUGUCAUUACCACGCUCUUCUGUGUUCAAGGACCUCUAUUCAAUCUACCGACAACUUGUUUUUCGAAACUCAGAAUACGAAGAACCUGUACCGCGUAUCACAGUCCGAAUUCUCGCACGUUUAUGUGACCUGACGAAAGAGAGAUUUCAACAGUACUUCACGGUCACCACUCUUGAACACGAGGGCCGCUCUUCACUCGAAUAUUACCCCGGCUGGACCGAGACAAGUAAUUCGGCACAAGAUCUAGCGCUUGAUCUAAAAGAUUUGCCGCAGGAAUGUGAAAGCGAACUAGCGCAUGUUAUGUCACCACUUGGCUCAAUUGCCAUUCACGAUCAAGGGUCAUGCUCACACAUGAACGGGAAUCGAGCACCCGUGACCGAUCAAUCUCGAACGGGAUCUCUUCAGGAAGAAACGCCGUUCAUGAAAACGAAGAUAGCACGGGUGGAGGAGCUGACCGAAAGCCCCUUCCUUCCAAACACGAUCAAGGAUGCCGAGGAACAACUUAUACAACCAAGAAAAGUUCAGACUGCACAAGAUCACGAGGUAGAAGAUGCAAAUCAAGAGCUUCAAGAUUCUUAUCAUGAUUAUAUGUUAGUUACCUUCAGAAGCCUUAACGUGCCAAUGCUAAAGAUUUGUAGUGCUCACCAGGACCGGAUCUAUGUUCACACAUUUACAGAAGCGGAGAAGGUGCCAUAUGAAGAGGACCUUGAUGCCCCUCGGGCCCAGGGAAGCUUUGGCAUCGUCUACAAAGCAGUGAAUACAACAGACAAUACUGUCUUCGCUGUAAAGAUGUUUAAAAAGGUACACUCCUCAGAGCAGCGGGAUAUGAUCUCGAAGGAGUUGGCACUACUGGAUAGGUGUAACCAUCCAAACCUGCUCACCUUAGUGGGUGCCUACCAAUUACACGACGACCCACAUACCUAUUACAUGAUUACUCAGCCCUGGGCGCCAUAUACGCUGGAAAUGUUUAUCCAUGAGAACGACAGUCAGAGACUAAAAUCGUGUCCAUGGUUCGCAUCGAGUUCAACAACGAAGGAAAUAAAGAUACUGAUGGUGUUGAAAGGGCUAGCAGAUGGCCUUGAUUACCUCCAUGAACAUUUGAUAAAGCAUAAGGAUAUAAAGCCAAAUAACGUCCUGCUUUCCUAUGACAGUGCUCGAGGGAUCCGGCCGAUAAUUGCAGAUUUCGGUGAGAGCAAAGUCUUCAGGGAAGGUGGAACCACGAACUAUUCUAAGAGUACGUAUGAAUAUCUUGCGCCCGAACAAGUCGACCACACAGACAGUAGUCUUAAGGCAGAUGUUUGGCAGAUGGGCUGUUGCUUUGCGUUCUUGGUGGUAAUCUUGCAUAAAGGAUCUCAAGGGUCAUGGGAUUUGUGGGAAACCUUCAACAACGAUGAUUCAAACUGCUCCUGCAGAAUCUCGACGGAAUUCGAAGAGUUCAUAAAGACCCUACGACGACUUUGCCCGAAAAACACAUACUCUCAGGAGAUUUUACUCUGGAUAGUCACUGGGAUGCUUGAGCCACUACCAACGGCACGUUUGGAUAUUCGAGUCGUGAGAGAAUUGUUGUCGGAACUUCCCUGA